UUUUCCUUUAUUUCUGGUCAGAAGCAGAAAGAGAACUUGGAAAUUUGCACAUGGUAGAGACUUUAACUUAGGAAGUACCAUAACUUGUUCAGCUCAUUUGCCAUCUGUCUCAGAGAAUGGAGAAAUUAUGACUAAAAUUGUAAAUUUUUCAUUUGUAUGUGGGGAUUAAUUAAAAGCUUCUGUGAUUUUAUGUUCUAAGUAACUAUUUUAGUCCUGGCCAGACAUUUUGCUAUUGCAGUAGUUCUUUGGCUUUACACAUUUACUUAAGAAGAGAAUUUGGGUCACAAUUUAGGGGGUCGCAAAAUGUGAGGGGGUCAGAAUUUACUGAUGAGCAGAUGAGUAGAUUGUCUCUUCAGAAACUUUUAGACAAGAAAAACUACACCCAUAGAGUAGUGAUCAAUGAACCAGUGUCCAAAUGAAUGGGUGUGCUAAAUGAAGUUCUGCAGAGGUCUGCAUUUUUAAUGGUAUAAUCCAGUAAUAUUGAUAAUUAUGUGGAUUACACAAUGGAGAAUACGCUUGUUAAAUUCAAUCAUGACAUAAAGGUGGGACAGACUGCAGGUAUGUUCUGCAUAUAUUCCUGAAGAAUGGCACUAGAAGUCAAAAUCCCCUUAAUAAACAGGUAAAAUGGGCUGAAGGAUGUAAGGUACAAUUAAAUAUGGGCAAUAUCAGGCAGGAUUAAUCAAAUGUGAAAACCUAGUUUGGAAAGCAACUGACUCUGUAGCAAAUUGUUUGCAAAAAUUUAGUGUCUAUGGUGGACUACAUGAAUGCGAAUCAACAAUGUGAUAGUUUUGUUAAAAACCCAAAUGUCAUACUGGGUUGUGUGAACAGGAACAUAAUCCAUGACGUGGGAAAUAAUCUUUGUCCAGUAUUGGUAAGACUGGUGCUGUAGUGCUCUUAUGCACUCAUCACUCCAUUAAGGAUGUACUAGAAUCCAGAGGAGACCAGUGGAAAUUGUCAGAUGUUUAAGAAAUAUACCCUACCAAGGAAAAUUGAAUGACUUGCUUUCUUUAUCUGAAGAGGGUGACUUUCUAGUAUUAUUAAAAUAAAUACAGCCUACUUACAAAGUGAAAAGGAAUAUUAUGUUUCAUCUCCCUGGUGCACAAGAAGUAAGAUAUUCAGAUUAUACAUUAGGAAAAAAAUAUGUUAGCAAGAAGGAUACUGAAGCACUAAUUGUCAGGGGAGUGCUUCAGACAUCUUCGAUCAUUAAAGUUAGUUAAGAUUAGUUAAAAUAAGAAUAAUUGAAUUUUGCAUUAGAUGCUUAGAAUUAUUCAAGAGAGUUUGGUCUUUCCAGUGUGACUUAGCGAUGUAUUAGUGAUGUGCCAAGGGAUGUACACAUAAAAUUCAGGGGAAAAGGGUAAAAAGAGUUGGAGUUGGGAGUCAGCGGUUCUUGAAAGCCAAAUUGGAGAGAAAAGAAAAAAAAAGGAAAGGUUGGGCAAUUAUGGGAAGUGAAAUUAUUAAAAGUUACAUAUGCACCCUGAACCACUGGACUAGAUCCUUAUGUUGCUCCACUUUGAUCUAAGAAUGAAUUUAUUUCCUUCAUCCUUGGGUAAUUUCAAAGCCAAUCUGCUUCUCAAUCCUUCCCACUUAUAGGAACUACCUGACUGUAGCUAAUCACACAGCUAUUGCCAAUAUGAAGGAUUUUGGUAGUUUUAAUGCUAUUAAAAGGAAAUAAGCGGUUCCUUUAGAGGGCUCAAUAGGUAGAAACUCAGCUGGCUGGGAAGUCAGGUGGUGUAACACAAGUAAUCUAUGGAAAUGCGUCUUUUACACAGAAGUUUUGCUAUCCGAACGCACUGCAAUAUGCCUGAAAUGAGAGGUUGUGAGAGGUUUUUACAGAAGUAUAAUCAUGCAAAUGUUGAUGUUUGAAAACUGGAAGAAGAUAUUGUAACUAUGUUUUGGGACACGUUACGUUAAACAAAGAUGUGGAUGAGAUGACUUUGGCUGUGAAAGGGCAUGUUUUGGGGAGGGCUUCUGCAGCACUUUUCCCUGGCGCCAUCUUGGAUGCCAGGCCUAACUACUGGCAGAUUUUGCCUCACAGAAGUGCUUCUUUAACAAAGAAGUACUAACUUCGUCUUCUUAUUUCUUCUCAUGUAUGACAUCUAUUCAGCAUGUCAGUGUGAAUAGUUAGGAAUAAAACUAUCCAGAGGAGCAGGUCUGGUAGCCAAGAGCUGUGGGAGUGCUGCUGUGGUGGUGAUGAUGCAGGUGUCGGUGUGGCUCUGGGGCCUCCCCCCAUCCACCCUUGUCCCCCAGCUGUCCCCUGUCAUGGUCCUGCUGGCUGCUGACACCUGGGACAGCACAAGGCAGGGGAGGUCUCCUGCCUGCUGCUCCCUUAUAAGUGAGGCAGGACCUGUCAUGUUAAUAUCUCACUCUAUUGCCUACAGAUGUCACCCACACAAAGGCAGUAGUUUAUUUAACAGAGCCAUGAAUGGGGACAGGGCUCUUUGCAGUGGCUGACAAGCCCCAGGAACAGCUCUACUCAAGGCAGGAGGCACUGAAGCCUGUCAGAGGCUUUGCACUCUGGGGGCUUCUGAUUGAAGUAAAUAAUCAUCAUGUCUGACCCAGUUGUUCUGCGUAGCAUCAAGAGAUUGGGAGAGGAUAACUAUGCUUUCGACUUGGAUGGUAAAUGUAACAGCUUGAAGAAAUCAGAGAAUUUCUAUAUAUAUGAAGAACCUUUUAUAGAGAAGAAAAGUGAAAAGUCAUCAAAGAAGAAAGAAAACAGUGUUCGUGUUGGCUUCUUUCAGCUGUUUCGAUUUGCUUCAUCUACUGAGAUUUUAAUGAUGGUCGUUGGUAGUUUCUGUGCUAUUGUUCAUGGAAUAGCCCAACCAGCUGUGUUGCUUGUGUUUGGUGCAAUGGCAGACACAUUUAUUGAAUAUGACAUUGAAAUGCAAGAGCUUAAAGACCCAAACAAGACAUGUGUAAAUAACACCAUAGUGUGGAUUAAUGGUACUAUUCAUCAGAAUGAAAAGAAUGUCACAGUAAGAUGUGGGCUGCUGGAUAUUGAACAAGAAAUGACCAGAUUUGCAGGAUACUACGCAGGAAUUGGUUGUGCCAUACUCGUGUUAGGAUACCUCCAAAUCUGCUUUUGGGUUAUGUCUGCAGCUCGUCAGAUACAGAAAAUCAGGAAAGCUUAUUUCAGGAAAAUAAUGCGAAUGGAUAUAGGCUGGUUUGACUGUACAUCUGUAGGAGAACUGAACACCCGAAUUUCUGAUGAUGUUAACAAAAUUAAUGAGGCUAUUGCUGACCAAGCAGCAAUCUUUAUCCAGCGCAUAACCACUUUUGUGUGUGGAUUCCUACUGGGAUUUGUCAGUGGCUGGAAAUUAACCUUGGUUAUCAUUGCAGUCAGCCCUUUGCUUGGGCUUGGAGCGGCUAUCUAUGGCUUGGCUGUGGCAAAACUAACAGGACGAGAAUUAAAGGCUUAUGCAAAAGCUGGAGCUGUGGCUGAUGAAGUGCUCUCAUCCAUCAGAACAGUGGCUGCUUUUGGUGGGGAGAAGAAAGAAGUUGAAAGAUAUGAUAAGAAUCUGGUGUUUGCUCAGCACUGGGGAAUUCGAAAAGGAAUAAUAAUGGGAUUAUUCACUGGUUACAUGUGGUGUAUAAUUUUCCUAAGUUAUGCAUUAGCCUUUUGGUAUGGUUCUAAACUUGUCCUUGAAGAAGAAGAGUAUUCACCUGGCACUCUUCUGCAGGUUUUCUUUGGUGUUUUAGUAGGAGCAUUAAAUCUUGGCCAGGCAUCUCCCUGCCUGGAAGCCUUUGCCACCGGUCGUGGGGCUGCAGCAGACAUUUUUGAGACAAUAGAUAAAAAACCCACCAUUGACUGCAUGUCAGAAGAUGGCUACAAGCUGGAUAAAGUACGAGGUGAAAUUGAAUUUCAUAAUGUAACAUUUCAUUAUCCCUCCAGACCAGACAUAAAGAUUUUGGAUAACCUUAAUAUGGUUGUUAAAGCAGGGGAGACAACAGCUUUUGUUGGAGCUAGUGGAGCUGGGAAAAGUACAACGAUGCAGCUCAUCCAACGUUUCUAUGACCCCACUGAAGGCAUGGUUACCCUCGAUGGCCAUGACAUUCGUUCCCUGAAUAUCCAGUGGCUGCGCUCACAGAUUGGCAUCGUUGAACAAGAGCCAGUGCUCUUCGCCACCACAAUUGCAGAGAACAUUCGCUAUGGUCGGGAUGAGGCUACCAUGGAAGACAUAAUCAAAGCAGCCAAACAGGCCAAUGCUUACAAUUUCAUCAUGGACUUACCACAGAAAUUUGACACUCACGUUGGAGAGGGUGGAAGCCAGAUGAGUGGAGGUCAAAAACAGAGGAUAGCUAUUGCUCGAGCUUUGGUGCGAAACCCCAAAAUCCUGCUACUGGAUAUGGCUACGUCAGCACUUGAUAAUGAAAGUGAAGCUAUUGUCCAAGAAGCACUUCAUAAGGCUCGCCUUGGCCGCACAGCGAUCUCGAUAGCUCACCGCCUGUCAACCGUCAAGGCCGCCGAUGUCAUCGUGGGGUUUGAGCACGGAAGGGCUGUAGAGCGAGGAACUCAUGAGGAACUGUUGAAGAGGAAAGGGGUUUAUUUUAUGUUGGUGACCUUGCAAAGCAAAGGAGACCCAGCACCUACUACAGAAGAAACAGAAAGUAAAUUAGCAGCAGAGGAUGAUGUGAUUGAGCCAACUCUUGAGAAAGUCCAGUCAUUCAGCAGAGGAAGCUAUCGGGCCAGUUUGAGAGCUUCACUUCGGGAGCGCUCGAGAUCUCAGCUCUCUAAUAUGGUCCCUGAGCCUCCAUUAUCUAUAGGAGGAGAUCAUGCAGAGUCUACGUAUCUUACGUCUUCUUAUGGAGAAGAUGAUGGAAAAGCAAGAAAGGAAUCUGUUGUGGAGGAAGACGCCAAGCCUGUAUCAUUUACCAGAAUUUUGAAAUACAAUGCCUCUGAAUGGCCAUACCUGGUGCUUGGAUCUCUGGCAGCAGCUAUGAAUGGAGCAGUCAAUCCACUCUAUGCUUUGUUAUUCAGUCAGAUUCUUGGGACCUUCUCCAUUCUUGAUGAAGAAGAACAAAAUACCCAGAUCAAUGGUGUCUGUGUGCUCUUUGUCUUGGUGGGAGUUCUUUCAUUUUUCACACAGUUUCUACAGGGAUACACCUUUGCCAAGUCUGGUGAGCUGCUUACAAGGCGCUUAAGGAAAAUUGGCUUCCAGGCUAUGCUGGGGCAAGACAUUGCCUGGUUUGAUGACCGGAAGAACAGCCCUGGGGCUUUGACUACAAGACUUGCAACAGAUGCCUCACAGGUCCAAGGGGCAACUGGAUCACAGAUAGGAAUGAUUGUCAAUUCCUUUACUAACGUUGGUGUGGCCAUGAUCAUUUCCUUCUACUUCAGCUGGAAACUGACCUUAGUUAUAUUGUGUUUCCUGCCUUUUUUGGCCUUAUCUGGAGCUGUGCAGGCUAAAAUGCUGACAGGAUUUGCCUCACAGGACAAGAAAGCACUGGAAGCUACUGGACGGAUUGCCAGUGAAGCUGUCUCUAACAUCAGGACUGUAGCUGGGAUAGGGAAAGAGAAAAUGUUUAUCAACAAUUUUGAGAAGCACUUGAAUAUGCCCUAUAGAGCUGCAAUCAAAAAAGCACAUGUUUAUGGGCUCUGCUUUGGCUUUGCCCAGAGCAUAGUGUUCAUUGCCAACUCUGUCUCCUACAGAUACGGGGGGUUUCUAGUUGACUCUGAAGGACUCCAUUACAGCUUUGUGUUCAGGGUGAUCUCUGCUAUAGUCACCAGUGGAACUGCUUUGGGAAAAGCUUCUUCCUAUACCCCAAACUAUGCCAAAGCCAAAACAUCUGCUGCACGCUUCUUUCAACUGGUCGAUCGGCUUCCUAAAAUCAGUGUUUACAGUGAAAAAGGGGAAAAAUGGGAGGAUUUCAAGGGAAGUGUUGAAUUUCUUAAUUGUAAAUUCACAUACCCUUCUCGGCCUGAUAUUCAGGUUCUGAAAGGACUCUCUAUCGCUGUUAAGCCUGGACAGACUUUAGCAUUUGUUGGAAGUAGUGGUUGUGGUAAGAGCACCAGUGUCCAGCUUCUGGAGCGUUUCUAUGACCCUGACAAAGGAAGUGUGUUAAUAGAUGGACAUGACUCUAAGAACAUAAAUGUACAGUUUCUUAGAUCAAAAAUUGGAAUAGUGUCACAGGAGCCCGUGCUAUUUGACUGCAGCAUUGCUGAUAAUAUCAAAUAUGGCAGUAACACGAAAGAGGCGACCAUGGAAAAAGUCAUAGAAGCAGCCCAGAAGGCUCAACUGCAUGAUUUUGUCAUGUCCUUGCCUAAUAAAUAUGAAACUAAUGUUGGGGCACAAGGAUCCCAGCUGUCUCGUGGGCAAAAGCAACGCAUUGCCAUAGCGAGGGCCAUCAUCCGAGAUCCUAAAAUUUUAUUACUGGAUGAAGCUACCUCUGCCUUAGACACGGAAAGCGAAAAGACUGUGCAGGCAGCGCUGGAUAAGGCCAGAGAAGGGAGGACCUGCAUCGUCAUUGCCCACCGCUUGUCCACCAUCCAGAACGCCGACAUCAUUGCGGUGAUGUCCCAGGGACUCGUCAUUGAAAGGGGCACUCAUGAUGAACUGAUGGCCAUGGAGGGAGCCUAUUGGAAACUUGUUACUACUGGAGCCCCUAUUAGCUGAAUUACUGUGAUUCUAAAUUAGAAAGAUUUCUGUAAACAAACUCUUUAUGAUAGGUAUGUGUAUGUUGGUGCUCCAUUUGCUACGAAGUGCUCUACAGUACUG